CACCCUUCCAAGUUACAUAGCUCACCACAACCCAACCUCUCACAACACCACACGCCCUCUCCCAGACCCAUCCAAAAUGGUCCUCUCAUUCGUAUUGAUACAAAAUCGCCAGUACGUUCUCCCCUACACCCGCGCUGCUUCCCCAAUCCCUCAAUCCCCUUCCCCAUUCCCGAGACUCGACCUUGGCCCCAAAACAAGGGAGACAGCCACAGCACAUCCACCAAGAACAUCCCCAGCGCAGAGAAAUCCAAACCUAACAUUCCCUAGAGGCAAAACCCGUCUAGCAAAAUGGUACGCACCCUACAACGACGAAGAGAAAAUCAAACUCAAGGGCGAAGUAUGCCACCCUCCCCCCCUUCUUCCCCAUCCCUUCCCACAUCCCCCCAUCUCCCAUACGAAAAAGAAGCUUACACACACUCAGGUACACCGCCUAAUCGCGCCCCGCGACCAAAAGUACCAAUCCAACUUCGUCGAGUUCCGACAGAACAAGAUCGUCUACCGACGGUACGCAGGCCUCUUCUUCUGCGUCUGCGUCGAUGCGAAUGACAACGAGCUCGCGUACCUGGAGGCGAUCCAUUUCUUUGUCGAGGUGCUGGAUAGCUUUUUUGGGAAUGUGUGUGAAUUGGAUUUGGUGUUUAAUUUUUAUAAGGUGCGUUGGAGAUGCCGGACGGAGAUGGGGAGAUUGGCUUGGGAAGAGGAAGAGAAGGGACUAUCAGAUUAUCAUCCAGCUCUAUCCCCCUUCUCUUCUUGCGCUCUCCACCCUGAACCCUCAACACCAAAAUCCCAUAUCUCGAGAAUCACUAACAACCCCACCCAGGUCUACGCAAUCCUAGACGAAGUAUUCCUCGCCGGCGAAAUCGAAGAGACCAGCAAACAGGUCGUCCUCACGCGCCUCGAACACCUCGAUAAACUCGAAUGAUCAUUCCCAAACGCUUAAAAUACCUUGGUAUCCCGCACCACAGUCAUCUCACUGAGAGUGGCAAGGGAGAGGAGAGGAAACACAAUAAUAGACCCUCGACGAGACUAGCUGCUGGAGGAGGAUUGUGACAAGAUGUGCACCCCUCAAUGAUACCCCAUAAACAACGACAACGGAAUUCUACCCGCCAUUCUGCGAACUGGAGUAGCCCCAGGGCCAUGACUCCACAAAAGAGGAUACGGGAAAUAGGGAGAUAUACACCAUAAUCCAUCCAUCCGGAGACCAGAAUAGAGCACAUCUCAUAAAGCCAAGCUCGUGGGGCAAUCGAGCAAGAGAAUAACAUCGAGAAGGGGAUUUGGGAAACCCAGGGAACGGGAAACAGACGCCCUCCAACGAGAUGUCUUGCUGUAUGUACAUAGAUCAUGAAGGCGUAUGGGGAGUACUAAUUCCAUCGUUCAAUUUCAAUUUACAACCCAUAUGAAGAUAUGCCGGAUACGAAGGGGUUCAAUUUCUAAAUACUGACCAUGCAGAUAUUUAUCUAUCCAUUCAUUCGUUCUACCUCAUGAAAUCUACCACAUAUUUAACAAACACCACACCUCCAGGUACGAUCCGCUUUAGUUCAUAACCAUCGCCAUCAACCAAGAUUAUUUGAAAAAAUCUCUAUUCUCUAACUACUCAAUAGCCAUCUAUCUAGCCGCCCAGCUCCCUUAAAUAGUAGAUUCACAACGUACACAAAUCCAUAGCAGGCCCGCCAAGGUAUGAAGCAUCCCUCAUCUCCUGGAAUGAAAACACAUCUGCCCCUUUUUUUUGAUUCGUCUGACGCAGAUGACAAUCCCAAGGUGCCCAUAAACCCCGAGAAUAGAGCAAGG